CGCAUGCGCACAGAGGACGUAGUCGCUUCCAAGAUUGGGCACCCCCCCCACACCACCACCACCGCCGCGGCCACCAAAUCUUGCGCAAGCGCGUUAAGUCCUGGUCGCUAUGCGGGUGCUUGUGGGUGGCGGGACGGGCUUCAUUGGGACAGCGCUAACCCAGCUGCUGAAAGCCAGGGGCCACGAAGUGAUGUUAGUCUCCCGAAAGCCGGGCCCCGAUCGAAUCACGUGGGAUGAACUUGAUACGUCGGGGCUGCCCCACUGCGAUGCCGCUGUCAACCUGGCGGGAGAAAACAUCCUCAACCCUCUCCGAAGGUGGAAUGAAAGCUUCCAAAAAGAGGUUCUCAACAGCCGCUUGGAGACCACCCAGAUACUGGCUAGAGCCAUCAACAAGGCCCCACAACCCCCCCAGGCCUGGGUCUUAGUUACUGGCGUAGGGGCCAAGGAGGGUGAGACCAAGAAGAACAUUGCCUGGUCCCGAGGCAGGACUGGGGACUCGGGGCAAACCAGUGCUGUUCCACUGGCAGCUUACUACCAGCCCAGCCUGACUGCAGAGUAUGAUGAGGACAGCCCAGGAGGGGACUUUGACUUUUUCUCCAACCUGGUAACCAAAUGGGAAGCUGCAGCCAGGCUUCCUGGAGAGUCUACACGCCAGGUGGUGGUACGCUCCGGGGUUGUGCUGGGCCGUGAGGGUGGUGCCAUCCGUCACAUGCUGCUGCCCUUCCGCCUGGGCUUGGGGGGCCCCAUCGGCCCAGGCCAUCAGUUCUUCCCCUGGAUUCACAUCAGGGACCUGGCAGGGAUCCUGGCCCAUGCUGUUGAAGCAAGUCACGUGCAAGGAGUCCUGAAUGGGGUGGCUCCAGCCUCCGCCACUACAAAUGCUGAGUUUGCCAAGGCCUUCGGUGCUGCCCUAGGCCGCCCAGCCUUCAUCCCUCUCCCCAGCAUGGUGGUGCAAGCGGUCUUUGGACGAGAGCGUGCCAUCAUGCUGCUGGAGGGCCAGAAGGUGGUCCCACGGCGGACACUGGCCACAGGCUACCAGUACUCUUUCCCAGAGUUAGGGGCUGCAUUGAAGGAAGUCGUAGCUUAAGUGGGGAGGCUCCUGGCAGGGCCUGAAGCCUGUCCCUCUACAGAGGCUUCCUGGUUAGAGACUGAAUAGGCCCGGGUACUCCAAGACCAGAAACCUUCUGGUUCUUAGGGAUUCCUCUCCCCACCUUCCUUGUUCUCUUGCUCUGCCUUACUUAACUGAGAAACUGUCCACUGUCUCAAGGCAGCUCAUCAAGUUGGGUCCUUCACCUCUUCAACUCCUUGUAAAAGAAUUUCCAAGUUUGGUUUCCCUACAUGUUCCAUUACUGUCCCUGGUGUCCUUUAUGUUGUGUAGGAUCCUCUGUGACUGAGGCAAUAAAGAUAAAUUAUCUCACA